CCGUUCGUACAUACACAUCUCCCCGGUGACGAUCGCAAACAUCCACCUCCAUCGCUGAACCCAUACUACCAACCCACCAAACCACUCUCAACCGAACACCGCAUCCCCUCACAAAAAAAGAAAAAUGGCAGGACUCCUCGGCGGCGGCAACACAAACAAAAAGUCCGGUAACUGCGGCGGCGGCCUCCUAGGCGGCGUCCUCAACACCGUAAACGACACGACCAAGAACAUCCCCGUCGUCGGCGACGUCACCGACCCCUUACUCCAAACCGUCGGCGGCGUGACGGACGAACUCCCCAUCGUCGGGUCCGGCGGUCAGGCUUCGGGGAAGCAGGCGCAGCAGCAGUUGACGCCCGAGCAGGCGGCGGCGCUGCAGAAGGAGAGGAAGAAGAGGGCAAUUGCGUUGAAGAAGCAGCAGUUGGCGCUCGAGGCUGAGGAGAUGGGGUUGGAUGAUGAGUAAUGGUUUUUAUACAUGUGUAUGAACGGAUAAAUGAUGGUGAUGGGGGAAGGAUUGAUUUCGAAUGAUUGAUGAUGGGUCUGGAUGCGGGCAUCGAGACGAUGAUUCACGCUAAUGCUUCGGAUUUUGCUUGGAGUUUCUACUUGUAUGCUGUAUUAUAUGAUAUCAACGUUACGCUAUGCAAAACGCCAUUCGCAACGCACUUUCCAUGCUUUCCAAAGCUCCC